AUGAGUCAUAAAUGGUGUCUCAGUUCCUGGAUGAAACUAAACAGAACAUCUUACUCAUGGCACCCUAGCAAAUCUGCAUCCUUACCUUUUUCCUCCUCAGGUACUCUGUACUUUUCACUCAAUGUCCAGAACCCUUGUUAUGGGAGGGCGGCCCACCUCAGUCAGAAGCACAUCCUCCACUCGAGGCUCCAGGCUCAGACAGCUUGGCUCUACAGGGCUAACCAGUUCGUGAGGCAGAAGCUUGGGCUCCACACCAGUGGCCUUUGUUUGAACACUUCAGCGUCACGCUGGUCUACAGGUCUUAGCCAACACAUGUCUCGUGUAAAGAACACAUUGGACACAGUUUCCAAAGCUGUGACGCAAACGGACCUUCUCUCCAAAUUUUCCCGACUCAAAACUAAUAAGGGUGGAAAAAAUGUGCCAUCGACACCAGAAUCAAAAGUUGUGGAAACCACUUCUGUUUCUACUGGUCCUCCUAAGCAUCCAGUGAGCGCAUCACCUAGUUGUUCUAGUAUGACACUGGACACAGCUGCCACGGCUCCUUCUUCUAUUCAGACUCAAAACAAUAUGCAAGCCAGCGCUGCUGCUGCUGCCGUUAUGACAGCAAGGGAAGUUAGGGAGAACAAACCCAGACAUGUUACCUCACCCGUCAAGCCAAACAAGCCUGAACAGUCAUCCAUUGAGAGCGAGAGUCUGCCUUCCAAUCAACCUCCUGCGCUUUUUCAUCCCAGUAAAUUUUCAGUCAACCUGGAUGAAACCUACAAUUACCUAGCCAAUCACAUCAAUUCCUAUUUUGGCAGCAGUACACAUAAAAAAGAUGAUGCAUUAUCUAAAACCCCUGCUCAGAGUCUACAAACAAGUAACCCUGUGGACAAUAAAGUAGACCAUAGUUCUGCUGCACCUGCAUCACCCAAGAAAGGCAUCGGUCAUUACCUGUCCUACUCUGCUCCCACCGUGCAAGCUUUUGUGGGGAGUUACAUUGCCCCCUUGGUCCCCAAGUUCAGGACGGGUGAUACUAAAAGUGCCACAGAUGAAGUAUCGAAGAUGGACAAUUCUCCAGUGAAGCAAGUUGAGGCAUCUGUCAGUAAAGAGCAGAAAGCUGUAGAGGAGAAGGCAAAGAAACUACUGGUACAAAGGGAAAAGAUCAUCGCCAGGGUGAGCGUGGACAAUCGAACUCGGGCGCUGGUUCAAGCGCUUCACAGGGCCACCGACGUAAGGGUCUACAUAAGUAGGGUGGAGGACCUCAGCUACCAUCUGCUGGAGUUUCCCGAGACUUGUGGAGUCGCAGUCAAGGAAAAGGUAAUCCCCUGCCUGCUGCGUUUGCAGCAGGCCAGCGACCCUGGAUUGAGGGAAGCGGUCAGAGAAGCUCUUACGCUGGUGGGCUACACUAAGCCUGUGAAAGGCCGUGGCAUACGCAUCCUGUCAAUAGACGGGGGAGGGUUAAGGGGACUUCUUGCCCUUCAGACUUUGCACAAGUUGGAAUCCUUGACCGGCAAACCCAUUUACAAACUCUUCGAUUAUAUUUGUGGUGUCAGCACAGGUGCAAUCCUUGGGUUCAUGCUGGGCAUUUUCCAACUCCCGCCCGGAGACUGUGACGAUCUUUACCGCAAGUUGGGCUCAGAUGUUUUUAAGCAGAAUGUAAUUGUCGGCACGGUUAAGAUGGGCUGGAGUCACGCUUUCUACGACAGCGAAGCUUGGGAGACCAUGCUCAAAGAGAAAAUGGGUUCCCACCUACUUGUAGAGACUUCUAGAAACCCGGAUUGUCCUAAAGUGGCAGCAGUGAGUGCGAUUGUAAACCGAGGCACUCCUCUGAAGGCCUACGUGUUCAGGAAUUACAACCUGCUGCCAGGUGUGCGCUCCCACUACCUUGGGGGCUGUCAGCACCAGCUCUGGCAGGCCAUCCGCGCCACAUCGGCAGCCCCCGGGUACUUUCAGGAGUUUCCUUUGGGGAGUGAUCUCCAUCAGGAUGGAGGUUUGCUCAUCAACAACCCCACAGCUCUGGCCAUCCACGAGUGCAAAUGUCUUUGGCCCAAUGCGCCCCUGGAGUGCGUGGUUUCUGUUGGCACUGGCCGAUUUGAAACGGCAGGCAAGAGCAACAGCGGCACUUACACGAGUCUCAAAACCAAAAUCACCAAUGUCAUCAGCAGCGCCACAGACACUGAGGAGGUCCACGCCAUGCUGGACGGCUUCAUGCCAGCCGACGUGUACUUCCGCUUCAACCCUUACUUGAGCGAGGACAUCUCUAUCGACGACAACCGCCAGGACAAGCUGAACCUGCUGCAGGCCGAGGGCUUACGCUACCUUGAGAGAAAUGAAGAGAAGCUGCGCAAGGCCGCAUGCAUCCUCACCAGAGAGAAGGGCACCGUGCAGAGGUUGGCAGAGUGGGUCAGGACCAGGGCCGACAUGUAUAACUCAUUAACAUGGAACUCUUUUAGGUUUUAG